AUGCCGAUUGCCCAAGAUCGUUUAGAACAACUUCAAGUUCUAAAGUUACUUCAGUCGGUUCGCAACGAGGAUGUCGAUCAAAUCGAGAAGCUGACAACUCACGGAGUUCCUUAUUUGAUCAACUAUUCUGGUAAGUGAAGGAAGUUCUUUAUGUUAAUACAAAAUCAAUUAACCUAGUAACUGGCGAAGAGCAGAGGUGUUAUUCGUCGCCAUAGAUUUUCGCGCGAGUAUCUAUAUAUUUGUUUGGGUUCUGCAGGGCGGGAAAUUUAAUAAACAAGAGUUUACUUUAUUGAAGAUUGUUCAUACAGAUCAAGUUGCGAUUGGAGAUUUUAACAGCUGCUUUGAAAAGAUACUUUAUCGCUGUAUGCUGGUGGAAACUUCCCACCAAAAUCUAAGUUUCAUUCAAGCGCUUUCUGUAAGAUCAGGUUCAAAUUUCCAACAUCGUACGUACUGGGAUUAAAACAGAUUUAAAUCUUGUCUGUCAAUUUUACUCAGUGAUUCUUUAACAGUCUGCUUUCUUUGUAAUACAUCGCAAGCAUUUAGAAAGACACCUUUAUUAUAGACAAAAAGAUUAAUAUAAUGGAUUAGGAGAUCAAUAGAUCAGGUCACAACGCCUUUUGACUUUGUUCAGCUCCAAAAUAGACGACAGAACUGAAUUUAGCGCACAGUGUUAGUGAUUUGGUGAUUUGCCCAUUGUAUGAUAUGUCUUACUGUCACUCAUUUAUUUAAGCUUAUAAAGUGGCCAGCCAAAUAGUAUAAACACAGCCGAAGACAAUUAUUGACUGAUUGUGUGGAGAUCUUGCAAGUUUGAGCUAAACAAAUGGUAGCCGGUCAAGUUUUCCUGAUCAUAAUUAACCAAGAGUCCAAAUAAUUUGCAUUUGUUGCAUCUCUAGAUUUGCUUCCAGAUGUAGAAGUUUAAGUCAAUAGGCACCAAUUUACAAAGUACUAAAGAAAUGAAAAAGCACAUUGGUAUCUUACAAUAAUACAUCUCUAACCUUCACAAAGCCAUCAUGUCACUGACUUAAUCCACGAAACAUUAAAAAAUUGACAGAGAUGGAAUUAAAACUGGGAUACAGUUUCUGUACCCUGUGAGCAAACUUUCCAUUUAAGUACUACCAAUAUGUGUCUCACAGUUACCCUCAGGAAACUUGAUAUGCCACUCAAGUACAUGUAAAACCAGGGGCAUAGCUACCUGUAUGUACACACAUGUGUAGCUGAAAAAUUAGAGAGUGAAGAAAAGUAAACCAAAUAAAUUUUUAAAAAGUGAAUAACAGAAAAUCCAAAUGAACAUAAGAUAAUUAUUUUAAAAUUUGUCUGUGUACAGCGCCCCUCACUCACAUGGCCAGCAGUUAUGCAAAGUUAUAAGGACGCAAGGAAGUGUUUACAUCACAAAAAGUUUCAACUGCUACCAAGCACAGAUUAGUUUGGAACCCCAAGACCUCACCUAUAAUGGUGACACCUGAAAAUAAUUUGGGACUUUUAGGGGAAGGGGGCUAGGGGAGCAGGUGGAGCAGGCAGAUUUGGAAAAUUGUGCAUACUUCUGGAAAAAUCCUGGCUAUGCCCCUGAAAACCCUGCCAGGCUUUCGUUUCCGUUUCGCGCAGAGGAGCGUCUGGGACUCAGCGACAGAAAUUCCAUACUGAUGACGAAAAAUCUGUCCGGAAUCCUGUCAACAGCGCUGAUUGGUCGACAGACGGAAUUUUAGGGAUUGUUUAUGAAUGACAGACAAAAGACAAAAGGCCACAAAAGUCAAAUGUAAACGCGAAGAAUCUCUAGCAAAAGGGUCAAUAUUUGUGGAAUAUACUCUUCUCUAGAAGAAGUAUUUGAGUUUUGCUGAAGUUCGUUGGCAGCUGAACACAACACUUUACCAAAAUCUACUAGGAGACACAGUCACGUAAAAUUGGACAAAUUUAUAUUUAGAACCCCAUGACUACCGGAUUUAUUAUGUCAACAUUGAUUUGCGUCAUCAGUAUGGAAUUUCUGCCACUGAGUCACAGAUGUUCCUCCGUGCGAAACGUCCCCAGUGGCGAAGAGCGAGGAGAAACAUGUUUUUGCAGGCUAAUGUGCCAAUGACUCUUGCAAUCUCCAAACAGAGUGCUGGCUUGUAGGAUAGGAUACAAAUUCCUGGAAACAUAAACUGAGCUUUGUAUUUGUAUUUUACUUGUUAAUCUAGAACCUGAGAAUGGUGAGACAGGUCUUCAUUUGGCUGCAUGCAAGAAUAACAAGAAGAUGAUCUCAUUUCUUCUUGAUCUUGGUGCAAGUCCAAACAUGGUAGACUUGAAAGGGCGGAGUCCUGCCAUGCGAGCAGCGGAGUUUGGCCAUGUCCAGGCACUGACUCUUUUAACAGAGGCAGAUACAGAUUUGACAAGUAAGGAAUUUAAUAUAAUUUUUGUUUGAAAUAAUUUUAUUCAAAAAUGAUUAUAAUUUAAUUUGCAACUUGUUCAUUUGACUAUACCUAUUACAGUGUACACCAAAGCAAUUUGCUUACGUAAAUGAAAUAAUUUUGUUUUAUAAUUUAAUAACUAUCAGUAAACAUGAUAACAUUUCUCUUUGACAGUCAGAGACGUUGAAGGGAAGGGAAUACUUUUCUACUGUAUCCAGCCUACAAAGCGUCAUCUCGAAUGUCUACAGAUUGCCCUGAAUCAUGGUGCCAGUGUGAAUUACGUGGUAGGUUUGAUAUACCAGUACAUACAUGCCAACUCUCCCGGAUUAUCUGGAAGUCUCCCAGAUACAACACAAACUCCUGGUCUCCUGUACAGGCCACCUUAUCUCUGGGAUAAAAUCAUCUUUUGAGCUUUUCUGUGCCUUAGUUUCCUGAGAGUUAGCUUAUUUAUAGCUCAAAACUUGAAUUUUUCUUAUUUGUAGUACAGUUUCUGGGGCAUUUUUGCACCAAUUUAAUCACUGACAAAGAUUAUUUCUGGUGUCAAAACAAUGAUCGUAUGUACUUCGUGUAAGACUUCAAAUAGUGUCCUUAGUUAUUUCCAUAUUUGUCAGGGGUGGGGAGAGGGGGGCAGGGGUUCAUUGAAUUUCUGGGGGCAGUAGUGAAAAAUAGAGAGUCUCCAGAUUUUAGAUCUCCAGAGGUUGGCAUCUCUGCAGUACUACUGCAAGAGUAUUUUCUUUCCUUACUGAGUGUGCAAAAUAACAGACCCUCUUAAACCUUAGACCUGAUCAGCUACUAAUGGUGCCAACUGCAAUGUGAAACUUCCCUGUUUCAACCCCUUCUCCCACUUGCUUUCCCUAAAACAACCAAGGUACUCAUAAGUUAAUAUGAAUAUUUCCCAAUCCAUAAGCUACUUUUAAUUUUUAUUUUAAUUUGAAUUCUUUCCCUUGUUUUUAAACUAGAGUAAAGAUGGUCAGCCUUUACUGUUGGUGGCUGCAGAAGCUGGACUUGAUGACAUUGUAGCUGCACUUCUUAUUGCUGGAGCAGAUCCAAAUAGUGUUCAUGCUGUAUGUUACAAUAUUGUUUACAUUUAAAUGAGCUUAUGAAAAUAUAAUGCUGAUUACCGCCCUCAAUUUAGGACAAGAAAAUUGCCUAUAAACAUACAUGCAAGAGCAGUAUACACAACAUUAUUUUGGACACAAUGUCAUGUAGUCAGGUUUUCCAUACUGCUUUAUGAUUCUCGGUUUUCACGUAACAUCACCAAAAUUCAAGCUUAGGGAAUUAUUGAUUCUUCUGUGUUUCUACUUUCAUAAGGUAUUUAAGCACAGCUAAACAUCAUUAUUCAUACAAAUUUUCAGGUCGAAAGGGUUCUUCAUUUUGCAAUAGAUCAGAGGACGCUUGAAUUUCCAGGCUCUUGUGUGAAGUGGCAUUUAGCUACCGAUUUUUUGAGAUUUUGCUAUCUAAACAUUCCUUGUCUCAGAAAAAAUAUAAUUUUAAUAUUUAUGAGUUCCCCAAGCAAUGAAUUCAUGCAUUUGUAGGAAUAAAUUGAAAGACAGUAUAUAUGUUUUUGUUGGUUUCCUGUGGCCACAUUUGUGCCCCUCAAAGGGACAUCAACAUGGUGUCUCCAUACAAAGCUUUAUAAAUUUGAGUAAAACAUUUUCCCAAAUUAUACUUUGUAUCUCACAUAAGAGAUAAUAAUAUUCUUUCAUUUACCAGAUUCUAGACUUUAUGUAUAUUGAAUGGUUUGUAUUUUUAUUUUUGAAAACAGAGAAUUCAAGUGCAAUUAAACAUUUUUCUGUAAUUUUACUUUCCUUUUAAAUGUCAGAUAACUGGCCAGACAGCCCUUCAUGCGGCCUGUGCAGCUGGAAGUGUAGGGUGUGUUAGGGAGAUCUUGGAGGCUGGAGCUGACUAUGAUGCAGUAGACAGUGAAAAUAACCAUUCAGCCCACAAGUGAGUAGAAACUCAUGAUUUAAACUACCAUCAUGUUGAUUUCAAAUUCCAAAUCCAUAAAAACAUUGCUAUAUUUAGUUCUCCAGAAAGUACGUCCCUCCACUCUGACCCCUCAAAUAUCAUGCGGUCAUCAUGUCUUUCAAGUUGUGACUUAAAAAAUUUGUAACUCAUUUGACAAACUUUGAAAGCAAAUAAUUUUUCCUGUAGUUGUGUUAAAAGUAGCAUAACUGGGAGACAGACCAACCCAAGGAACAGAACUAACUGAAACGUCAAGUGGCAGUGAUGUUAAGCAUCAUUAUGACAACAGUAAAACAAUGAAAAAAGAUUGUAUGUCCAAGAGAAAAAAAAUCCAAAGUAAGUGGCCAGUGUGCAAAGAAAGUGGUGUCCGAUAGCCCGGGGCUAGUGGAUUUUGCUAUUGGGCUAGUGAUUUCUGUUCUUAACUUGCCCAACCGGCAAAUGAAGUUUUUUGGGGGAAUUCAAAUUACAGAAGAACUGUAACCAAUGCACAUCAACAAUUUUUUUCUCAUGCACCACUGGUAGCCAUGCCAAGCCGACCGCCACAGCCUGACCUUUAUUUUAAAAGAGAAAGGAAAGAGAAAGGUAGGAUGCUAACAAAACUACAAAGUUGCACCCUACAUUUAACAGCAUACAAAACUGAAAUCUUAGGUUGGGUGGGUGGGAAGGUCAGUAAUGGUGGACGCAACAAAAGCAACUGCCCACCCUUCAGUCACAUGACCUAUACCCAGGUCCCCAGCGGUGCGCUAGAAAAACAUUUGAAAUGAGUUUUGGGCUAGUACGUGCUAGCUACAGCUUGCCCAAGUGGCAAGCUGUAAAACUGACUUUCUUUGCACCCUGGUGGCACAGAAAUGUUCAAAUACCUUGGUAACCCUUUCUUGAAGAAGUGCCCUUUCAGAGUAGGGUCCAGGUUUUUGUAAGAGACUCAGGUGGUUGACUCCAAUCAACCACAAAACAGAACAUUGACUUUAAUUUGUCCUAUGGCAUUCACAAAAUUUACAUUGACGGAUGAUGAAUAGGAACCUAAAAAUGGAAAUUCUUUCAAUGUCACAAAAUCGAAAAAGUACUAUACAAUACUACCCUAAAAUAAUGGAGUCUCACUGGCAAGACUUGAUAUAACUCAUAACACAGAAAUGUUAGUUGGCCAUCAAGGGGAAUGGUUAGCCACCCAUACACCUCCCUGGAUCUACCCCUAUGCUGUACCUAGCUACAGUUUGAGAAUUAAGGGGUCCUAUCACAUGUAGCCAUCAUUGGCCAAUUCCUAUAGAAUAAAUUCAGUACUUGAUAUGAAAGAAUUUUCAACAACAACAUAAGCUUUAUUACCAAAUAAAAGUUAAACUUAAUUUACAAUAUAAUAUAUUAAUACAAAAAAAGGUAACAUUUACUCAGAAUAACUGAAAAGCUAAUCGAGCUGAGUAAAGCUAAAUAAUGUUCAGGCAUAGGAGGUAGGUUGGCACUAAAGCUAGAACAAACAAGGAAUUAGUAAAUAGAUAAAAGGAAAAAAAAUGAAAAACAAAAAGAAGAAAGAAAAAAAAUCUUUAAAUACAAUUAAAGACUCACGAACAGUACGACUGUAAGAUGUUUAAUAUGACUUUGUUUUUAAAGGAUUUAAGGGGGAGGUGUUUAAUGCUUUCAUCAAGGUUAUUCCAAACUUUUACAGCCGCAAAGCGAAAGUUGAAUUUACCAUAGUUUGUUUUGAUAGUAUUGAGGUAAUAGGUUGAUUUAGAAGCAAGCCUGGUAUUGUAUGAGUGUAUGGAUGCUACCGUUUCAAAGAAAUUUUCAAAGGAAGGUGGAAGAAGAUUAUGGUGAUAGUUAUACAUAAGGAGUGCAUUAUGAAGGGUAACAAGAUCAGUUAAUUUAAGAAUGUUUAAUUUCUUAAAAAGAGGCUCAGAGUGAUCACCUGGUUCCGAAAAAGUUAUUUUACGUGUUGCUUUUUUUGAAGAAUUAUCAAAGGUCUGAGAGUAGAACUAUAAGUAUUGCCCCAAAUUGAUAAACCGUAGUUGAGGAAGGGGUAAAUAAGUGAAUAAUAUAAUUGAAGUAAUAUGUUUCCUUUUACAUAAUGUCUAAUUUUAGAUAGUACCCCAAUACCUCUUGAAAUCUUCUUGCUCAAUUCGUGCAAGUACAGUUUCCAGUUCAAAUUAAAAUCAAAAAUGAGUCCUAGAUAUUUAACUUGGUUAUCAGGUUUAACAGACAUAUUGGAGAUAUUAAGAUUCAACUUAUAAGCUAUUCGUCUUUGCGGAGAAUGGAAUACCACAAAGCUAGUUUUUUCAAUGUUCAGAGAUAAUUUGUUAGCAAAUAACCACUGGCUCACCUUAUCUAGUUCCACAUUUAGGUUGGUUUCUAAAUUUAGAAUGUUAGUAUUGUCAAGAAACAGGUUUGUAUCAUCUGCAAAAAGGUGAAAAUCCAACAUGUUGGAGCAUUUAGGCAGAUCAUUUAUAUAUAAAAGAAACAGAAGAGGGCCAAGCACUGACCGCUGUGGUACUCCACAUGAAACAGUUUGGUAAUCAGAAUCAGUACCAAAAAAAGAGACAAAGUGUCUUCUGUUACUUAGAUAUGAUGCAAACCAAUCAUUUACAACACGUCGUAUACCAUAAUACUCCAACUUGGUUAAUAAAAUUUUAUGAUCGACAGUAUCAAAUGCUUUACAUAAGUCUAAAAAAAUGCCACAAGAAUAGGUGCCAUUAUCGAUUGAUCUCUGUAUCUUAUCGGUCAAGAGGAGAAGAGCAUGGAUGGUUGAAAGCUUUGAUCUAAAACCAAACUGAUUAUUGUAUAAAAUAGAAAAUUUCUCAAGAUAGCUAAUAAUUCUAUUAUACAUUAUUUUUUCAAUUAAUUUACUGAAUAUAGAAAGCAGGGAAAGAGGUCUAUAGUUGGAGACUAAACAGCUGGACCCUUUUUUGUGAAUUGGAACUACUCUGGCUACUUUAAAUUGAUCUGGCACCAUACCAGUAGAGAAUGAGCAAUUAAAGAGCAGCUGAAGAGGGACUGAUAAAACACUUUUUAAAGUCUUAAGAAGGGAGGUUGAAAUAAUAAGUGGGCCGCAAGCCUUGGUUGAACUUAGGGACAUAAUUAUAUUCUCAAUCUCAGUCGAAUUAGUAGGUGAUAAGAAAAAACUAGAGGCCUGGGGUUUAUCUAGAAAUAAUAAUCAAAUGCAAGAUUUGGUUUUGGUACAGCUGAGGCCAAGUUUUUUCCAAUGUUAGGGAAAAAUUUAUUAAAUUGAUCAGCAAUGACUUUAUGAUUUGUAAUCUCAUGUUCAUUAAUAAUUAAUUUGCUAGGCAAGGUGGAACCUUUGGACUUGAGACAUAUAAGUUGCUUUAUUCCUUUCCAAAUUCCUUUUGUUUUUGCCUUGUUGAUCACAAAAUAUUCUUUAUAAUAAUUGGUUUUACUUAGUUUAAGUAGAUGAUUUAGUUUGUUUCGAUAGCAUUUGAAUUUGGUAUGACUGUAACACGUACGUGUCUUCAGGUAGUGCCUAUACAACCUCCAUAAUGUGUCCAAAUAAACUUAUAUUUCUGAUCGUUGCGAAAUUUGAGGCAACUCUUAAACAAAUUUCUUUUCGCUUCCGUUAGACUUUCUUGAAUAAAUAUAUUGCUCUCACCAUUGCGCCCCAGGCCAAUGUCACUUGUAUUAUAGCUUUUCAACUUAGAUCGAGCUUUGUAAAAAAGGUUCCGAUUCUUUCGAUUGGUAAAUUUGACCACCAUGGCUGGAUGUCGAAAUGAUGUAGACCCUGAUGCUCUGUCGUUAGAAGAAGGAAUCCUAUGACUGAUCGAAAUAUCUGUAUCAUUAAUAUCAACAUCAAUUAGCGCUCCAAUUUUCUUGACAAUUACGUUUGUAUCCUCUCCAGUUGUUACAGGGACUCCUCUAAUUUCGAGACAAUCGCCUUGCGUGUAUUGAGCUUGUUCGUCUAUGGCAGAACGUAAAUCGCUGAUCUCUUUCUUCAUUUUAGCAGAAUCACUUCUCGGGCGCCUGUUUUCUUGAGCUAAAGUCUUUGCUUGUUCUUCCAAGCCAUCCAUCUUUUCUUUCAUUGUUUCAAAUUUUGUAUUAAAGAAGUUCAUCGAUUCCUCAUAAGUCUUCAGCUUUGCGUCCAAGAUGGAUGACAAGAUGGUCGUCAGUUUGGAUUCUAAGAUUUCAUCCAGAAUGGAUCUCAACAUCACCUCCAUUUUAGUUUUUUCUCGCUCCAUCUUAGCAGUUUACCAUUCUGGUACAGUAGGUAAAUAAGAGACAACGAAAAAGCACGAAAAAAGUUAACUAUAAAAGUAAAAUUAACAGAGCUGAGAAAAGCACGCCAUGCUCGCAUGACAACCGCUGACACCAUACUUGACAGAAAGUAUGAGUACUGUGUACAGUUCUUAACUAUGGUACCACACAGUCAUCUCUUGUCAACUAUAUACUCAUCACUUGUAUGGGAAUUUAACUAGUUGAUUUGUUUUUUUCAUAGGGCAGCUUUGAAUGGGCACUUUCAAGUGAUUCGAGUUUUGGCAGCUUAUGGUGCUGAUCUUGGUAAAGUUGCUUUGGAUGGUAACACUCCUUUGCACUAUGCUGCUCAACAGGGAUUUGGACCCAUAUGCAAAUUUCUGGCACAAAGAGGUCAGUUGGUUUAAAUCGCUGUUAUAGCUGUACGGUAAGAGCGAGUUGACUAUAACCCUACAAACCUUGUUUUCUCUGUAGCCACUGGUCACUUAAACUGAUUUACAAUGUACGUCAAUGUGAUUUAGUUCCUUCCGCAGAAAUUGUAGUGAGCCCUCUGUCCGGUUGGGCGUGAUCACAUUACCACAUAGCAUUCUCAAGGAAUUUUCUGUGCUAAAUGUGUUGACCCUUACCUUUGGAAAAAAAACAAUAAUUUCUAAAUGUCUGUUUUAAGUAUACUUUUCUUUGUCUUUUCACAUUUUUGAAGUCAGACACAUUUGUGAAACUUAAUUUUUGACUAUAGUGUAUUUUUUAAAUUUGUUUGGACAAGCAUAAUUCCUUCUUGCUAACAGGUUGUCCAUCAACAUUAAAGAACAAAGAAGGAAAAACACCCAGACUGUUGGCAAAGGAUAAUGAGCAUAAAGAUGCUCUUAAAGAAUGUCGUAAGGCAGAAAAACAGUCUGCUAAGUUGUCGAAAGGCGGAAGUAGAACAGGGGAGCCUUAUGCUAUCAGAGUAGGUAUUAUUGGAAGCAAGUGGUAAUCACAUUUAUUAACCUUUUAAGCCCCAGUAUCCACAUGCAAAUUCUCUAGAAUUAUCUCCAUACAUUUCCUUAAAGAAUCAGUGGAGAGAAUUUGAUUAAAGAUCAAAACAUUUUCCUUUAGGUGAUCAUAUGAAUUCUCAUUACCUUAUGUCUUGAUCAUGUAUUUAUAUUGUUAAGAGAAAACUGAUGUUUGUCACUUUAGUCAAUUAGAAGGUUAAGGCUGCAGGUAGGGGUUUCAUAUAGAAUUUUAGUAGCUGGAGAAAGGUGUAAUGUUACAAGAGAAUAGUUUGAAAGAUGCUCGACGUCUGAAUAAAAAAUAGUCUUAACAUUAACCGAAGAAUUCUGCGUAGUACUGUCCUCCAAUGCCUAAUGAAUGCCCUGCUGCAGUCCCUUGAUCCAGUUGACCAGCAUUAUAGUAACCACAUUAUUGGACCCAAUGUUUAAUACAUGUACAUAGUUAUGUACAGAUGAUUGUAGGUUGAUUGUUUAUAGUUUUGUUUUCUUCUCUUUUGUAGCUUUAUGACUGGAUCCAAGAACAUGAGGAAAAAGUGCUGAGUAUUUUUUAUCAGUUUGAUCCAGAGGAGGAAGAUGGGAGUAGACAAGGAAAAAUAACUAAGGACAACUUUGUCAUGUGUUUACAGACUAUAAGUAAGUUAUUGAGUCAGCAAAAAUGCACGUUUGUAAUUUUCUUUGCAGAUUUAAAAGUUAGAAAAUACUUGUUUACUCGAGAUACAUCUAUUAUUUCAGCCAGAACCAGUUGCCAAUUGAUACAAAACUUAAAGACCUGUGUGGUUUCACAACCCGCUUGCAGGCUAGAAAUUCAUCAUUUUAUUACCUUAAUGUAGAAAAAAAGAUCUUGUUUAGCCAAGCAAGUCAAGCAAGGUUCCUAUGUGUGGGUUACAGAUACUUCAUGUCUCAAUAUUUUUGCAACUGGCUGUUGCUCUGAAUGAUAUUAUCAGGGAAUCCAUCAGGAAAAAUUAUUUUAUCUGUGUUUUCACAAUUCUUGUGACACUUGAAAGUUAUUUUCUUGGACUGGUGUUUUUACAGAUAACUAAUUACAAGUGUAUAUCUUGAGCCCUUAGAAAGCGUAAAAAGAAUUAUUCUGCUACAAGGUUUUUGUCCACUGAAAAUUAAAAUUACUCAAUUUCCUGAAUAUGGAUUCCGUCUUAAUCUGUAACGUAGAUGUGGACCCGUAAUAAUGAAGAAAGUCUAGUUACAGCUUUGCCAAUUAAUUAUAUAUCAUGGGUACUAUAACAGAAGUUUAAAUUAAUGUAGUGCUAAUACAGAUGUAUGUGUGCUUUUGUUGUUUACAGAUUGUCCGGUAGAUGUAGAGGAUUUGAAUAAACUGGCUCAAGUUCAUGACCCUAAUAAAGAAGAUGCUUUAGAUUAUCCAAUGUUUAUUAGCUGUAAAAAAUUUAUUAGUAAGGUAUGUAUAAGGAAUUUUGUCCUUGAAAAAGCAAUUUUUAUUGAAAGCAAAGUGCAAGACUGAUUAUUUUCUAGCCAUGUAUAAGCUAUAAUAAUGAAUUAUAAAUGUGCAGAGAACAUUUUCAGACUUUGGAAAACUAAAGUUAACCUUUAUUUUUCUCUCUGUUGCAGCAAUUUAUGGUUGUAGUUGGAAAGGUAUUGCUUUAAAUUUAUACAGUGUUUAUUUUUUUAAUUACCACAAACUUCUUACUGAAACCUACUCUGCUGCACUUGUAGCUCUGCUGAAUGACAAUAAUAUUGUUGUUGAUGAUGAUGAUUUACAUUAAUUAUUGAUAGAGUGAUAUUGUUAAUCACUUUUACAAGGCUAAAAAAUGUUAAAAUAAAAAAUGAAUGCUUUCAAAAACAUUUGGUUUUAAUUUUUCUUUUUCAAUUUUUUGUGACCGUGGUAAUUAACUUUGCUGAGUUUUGAGUCAUACACAUUUUACACAUACAUGUACAUACAUGUGUAGUGUUCUCUUUUGACAUUUCUCUCACUUGGUGGUUUGUUAUAGAAAAAAAAGAAAAAAGGCGGUGGAAAAAAAGGAAAGAAGAAAAAGGUAACUGUUUGCUUUAAGUAUAAUGGCUACAUGGCUGGAUAUAGUGCAGUGUUAUUGUGCACUGACUUUUUCAUCCCUUUAUUUGGGAGUGUUGCGAGAAAUAGUUUUGGGCAUGAACUAAAUCAUAAAUCUGUAGGUCCACUGAAAAAUGUGAAAAAUCACCUUUGAACAGCAAAGGAAAAACAUUAUUCCCUUUCCAAUAUCCAUUUACAAAACUGUGAAGAAAAGUGCGAGAUAGGUGAGUUGUUCUGGGCUAAAGAAGAAGGGUUCAGUGUUUUUUAAAUGAAAAUUUUUCGCAGGAAAUUGUAGGAAAUUCCUGUGAAGUCAAAGUGAGUGCAAACCCUACAGCAAUAAUAAUAUUAUUGUAUCUUACCUACAAACUGUUUUAAGGCUGAUGUCAGUAAUCAGCCUCUUACCAUUCACUACAAUGUUUCUGUCGCAAGGCCUCAAACUUCAAUAUGAGCCAGGUUUUUUUAACAGCAUAAUGCAAUAUUCUCCUUUUUAGUAAGUAACUCUAAAUAAUAGGUGGAACUUUUGUUUGUUUGUUUUUUUUUUUGUUUUUGUUUUUUUUGUUUUUGUUUUUUUUUAUUGCAAGUAAAACACACACAGAAAAGAAAAAAAAUUUACCCAGAAUAAAUAAAGUAAUAAAAAGAAAAAAAAACAAGUAGCGAAUUUACACACUUACAUGGCAAUACUUACAAAUAUUAAACUAGAUUACAGCAGUGCUAAUUCCAUAUAUUACUGUGCUUAGUAUGAUCUAUAAUUAAUUGUUACAUUUUUUUUUUUGCUUUCUUUGUGGUGAAAGUAAAACAUAAUAGGCGGAACUUGCUGAAUAGCUUGACUGUGAAAAGGUUCUUCAACCCUGUUAAGUUCAUUAAUAACUAGUUUUAACCAAAGUACACGUAUAACAACUAGUUUUAACUAUAAGGUUUAUUUUUCAGGGUAAGACGAAAAUCCCAGUUCCUAUCUGUACAGCACCAGAUGGUCCUCGGACAAGACACGGAGGCCCUCCAGCUGAUUAUGUGGAGAGAUAUGUGGUAUGUUCAUCAUCCUGAAAUAAUGUCAAAACAACACUGACAUGCUUGAAUAUGGUGGCCAACAAGUUGGUUGCAUGUGCAUGCGCAAAGUUGUCAUUUUGUUAUUCUAAACCAAGUGCUUUUUGUGGCAUUUUAAUCUCCCUAAAGUAAGUCACUAGACUGCGCCCUGCUAGAAGACAGGUUCUGGAAUUAGAAAUUAUGCCUGGUGGCUUUCGUCCGCUGAUAAAGUCAAAUAGUUGUGCUUAUUUUUUGUCUACCGUAGAAAUAUUAAAUGAAAACACAGUCAUCUUAGGGCCUGCUUUCAUAUUCAUAAAUUUUAAUUUCAUGUUCUUAUUGUUAAAGAUGUGAAUUUCCACAUCAUCACUAAAUUAAUUUCUUAAAGGGCCAUCUAUUUGAAUCAGUAUACUGUAUGUUAAUGAACACUAAUUGUUGAAUUACAUCCACAGCAUUUCACAGACAACACCAGAUUCGAUAGAGACAAUCCACCAUCACAUCCAAUACAAGAUGAUUCUUCAUGGUAUCUCAAUUUUCCAGGUUUGUACUCAAUCUAAUUUAAAAUAUUAAUUUAACAAUCUACUACCAACAAUAGUCCACAGAACUAUAAAGAAGCAAUACCAAACAAAUGAGUUUUUAGUUUACAUUUAAGUUAGUUUUAGUUUUCUAAUUUCAGCAGUUCUACAUUCGUGAGGAGUAGAUACCGUCUUUUUGGGAUUGGCAAUGCUUAUGUGCUCAAAGUAACCGUCACAGCCACUAAAAGAUUCACUGAAAGGGGCAUGCGAUAUUGUUCUAACUGUUGUGUUAGUGGAUAGAAUCGUAUGGUAUUUUCUUGUCUCUUGAAGAAAUUAAUUAAGGUAGAAAUAACCAAAAUUUUAAACAUUUGUCCUUUGCAAAUUUUGCCAAUUUUGAUUGCUCAGGGGUUAGCCAUCUUUGUGAAAACUAUUGGUAUCCUCAUUAGUUGUUUAUUCCGAUCAUAUCGAAACCCACAAUGGCAGUCUUUUGAGCCUCUCCCCCCUUCCCAUGGCUCGAAAUGGGUAUCAGUUGACGGCUAUCGAAACUCUCAACAUCUGUCAAAAUCAGAUUUUGGCCGUGUCCAAAGAACUGUCAUAACGCUUUUUUUUCUAAAAUGUUAAGUGUUUUAAAGGCAUAUGAAGGUGAAAACACAGCACGUCUCAAAACCAAACUAAUGUACAGCAGCAAAACGUGUACUUAAUCCAACUAUCUCCGCUCAUUAAACAGGAUUUAAACUGAAUGUCUUUCAGAUAUUACUUACAUGAAUAUUAGUGAUGCGGCGAAGGUAGGCGAUGUAGAGACACUGAAGUCAGCAUUUGCCAGAGGAAUACCUGUUGAUCAACGGGAUAAGUACUACAAGACUCCACUUAUGGCCGCCUGUGCGCAUGGAAACAUUAAUGUAGCUCGGUAUUUGAUACAGAUCGGGUAAGUAAACUGGAAAAUCAAGAUUUUUACUCACUGCUGCUGCUUAUAUUGGCCAUUGAGAUUUUUGAGAAUAGAAACUCUGUUUUUGUCAACACUGAUAAAUUUAAAUGCGUGCAGGCAAAGUUUCAGCUCUGACAGACAGUUACGAAAAAAAUAUCAAAUAUUCGACCUCUUCAUCCGUCUUCUUAAAGCUGGCUUUGUCAAUGAAAGUGAUGCUAAGUGAAUUUUCCUGGGUUCCUUAAAGCACUUUUUCUUAUGCAAUUGCCAAAAGUGUCAUGGUAACAAUUAGGUUUAAAUUCUAAAGAGCAAGAACAGCUUUAUUUUUUGUCUAAAUUUUAUUGUGCAGUGAUUUGAAACGAUUUCCGUUGUUGAUUAUUAGGAGAAGCAUUAUUUUUUGUUCUGUUGUACAAGAUAAAUAAAUGAUAAAUGACUUUCUAGCACCAGUGAAGGACUUCUGAUUUCUUUCUUUUUUUUGGUUUUUGUUUUCCAGUGCUGAUAUCAAUGCUCGAGAUAACUUCAAGUGGACGGCACUGCAUCAUGCUUGCCACUCGGGGCAGAUUGAUCUUGUCCAGUUACUUCUUGAACAUGGAGCAGAAAUGGAUGCACAAACAAUUAACGGUGGAACACCUCUGAUGAGAGCUAUAGAGAGCUCAAGAGAAUCUGUUGUCGAAUUCCUCAUUUCCAAGGGGUAUGUUUGAAACGUUUGCUUAAACCUAGAUGGUCAUGUUAUACUGGGAUCAACCAUUUCAGAACCAAAAGGGCUUUUGAUUGAUUUAUCUUGGAUGGAACGCGGUUGUGACUAGCUUCCCAGACUUCACUGAUGAGUAGGUGAGCAGCAGCUCACGUAUAGCCUGAGAUCGUGCCCUCUCUCUAUCAAGGGCCAAUCGAUCUUUAUCAAGUGCCAAUCUUCCAACAUCUGUAAGUGACAUAUCGAGAACAUCCCGUAUAUCCUACUACCUUCUUGGUCUUUCUGUUUUCCCAUCUGUCUUUCCUUCUAAGAUAAUCUUUCUCAAGCCCUCACCUCUUUUCAAAUGGCCAAAAUACUUCAGCUUUUGUUUCUUUGUUAAGACUUCCAACCAUUGAUCUUCCACUUUGAGUUCCUCCCUUGAUGACUCUGUCAUUACUUUUAUCUUUCUCUGGCAGGUUCUUUCUUUCCUGCUCUUCUCAAAAAGAGGUGUCUUACUGAUACAAAACUGCGAUGCAAAUAUCUGAUAUCUGGCGUGUGGAUUGUGCUAUCCCGAUUGCCAGAUUGGCACAGAAAACUGGCCAACUAACCAACCAGAAAUUUUUUAUCUAACUAGAACACAACCUAAGUUUAUUUAAUUUUUUCUUUCACUGUUUCAUUUUUGUUUGCCUUUAUUCAGUGCUAAAGUUCAGCUAGAAAACAAGAAAGGUCAUACCGCAUUAGAUGUUGCGAAAGCUUACGCUGAUCCUCGAGUGGUAGCCAUUGUACAGAAAAGAUGGGAUGAGAUACCGCCUCCAGUGGAUAAAAAGAAACGUAAGUAAAACGAAUAUAAAGAGCCUUAUAUUGCAGUAAUUAAAGUGGUUUUCCCGUCAGUAUCGUCAUUUCAAAACCAGAACAAUUACUGUGGCGAAAAGACUUUGGAGAACGUGAUCUUGUGCUUGGAUACCACUUAGCAAUGACUCGCUGGAUGGGGAGCCAUCCAACCGUUCAUUCAUUCGAGUGCGAUCGGGCGAAGCAUUCGUAGUCUCAUUUUUCUGUUGAAAAUUAAACAAAAUGACUGGACAAAAUCGCACUCAAAGCUUUGUCAUCUUAAUGAACCCCCAUCCAGCGAAUCGUUGCUUAGUGGUAACCAAGUACGUGACUAAGUUCUACAAAGGGCCAAUCGGAGCAGACAAUCGCAAACCAAAGCAUUUGUGUAGUUACUCAGGACACCUAGUUUGAACUGGUUUGAAAUGCUACCAGCCAUCCCCUUUCUCUAUGAUUUUUUCGGAUCUUAAUUUUAAAUAGUGUACACAGUCCUAUAUGUAAGUAAAUGUGAAUCGUAUGCUUAGCAUACUGUCAGUACACUUGAGAAGCGCUAUCACUUAAUUUAUUACGUGAAAAAAUAUUUCGGUGAAGUUUGCAAUAUGCUUCUUCAUCUUUUUCUGUGUCCAGCAUUUCUAUCCUCUAUAUUCCUGUUAUUUUCUUUGGGUGAUGUUGCUGUGCUGUACCCAAAGUUCUUCUUUUAUCUCUACUGUACAUUUUCAUUAACACGUUCUUCAUUUUUCUGUCUCUUAAGGCUUCUCUCUCGCCCUCUUACCAACUUCAAACCUUUACAACCUCAGGAAAACUCUUUCGACCAGUGGCUCAACUGAGGAAUCUUUCUAUGCGUCAAGCCCUGACACUUUGUCUUCUGACAACUUGUACCUUUUCUAUUGGGGACUGUCCUCGGGUCCCCAGAAAGCCUUUUGGUUUGAUUAUCUUUACGACAGUUAAAGUAACACGAGUGACGUAAAUUUCUGUGGAGUCAGUGAGUGUUUUUGCUACAAGGUUGAAGCGGAACAGGUCGGGUUAAUUAUCCUCUUGAUGAUAUUUCUCGGGCUAAGUUUUCUAUUUAGUCGUCUUUGUAUAUAGUUUUUUUGUCAGUUCUUCUACUUGAUUCAAAUAUCUUCUGCAUGUACUGUAAAAUAUUCACUCAACAAAAAACAAUCGGCAGCCGGCUAAAAAAUCCCCACAACUGGCGAUCAUGAGAGAAGUGCAGCUCCUAACCAGCGAGCCAUACGCAACGCUCUCAUAUAGGCAACCGGUAGGUCGGUGUUUACUUGCGUGUAGUUAUGACAGCUAAUGUUGCUUUUGUGCUGCUAUCAUCCGCUUUGCUUUGUCGUCACGUAUUUGCCUUGUUGCACCUUUUUGCACGCGUAGCCUUUCUUCAUAGCCACCGAGGUUUCGUGUCACAGAGAAACAAAACCAACGUUACUGCGUGUAUCACUGGGCCAAACAACAAACCUCUAUGCAGUCAAGUUAGUUCGGCAGACGACAAGUCAAGGUGAAUGAAGCACACAGACCCUGCCCAGACCUGAGGCGUCCCAGUGAUGUUUGCGCAUCUUUCCUCACCAGGGAAAUUUGCACCCCGGCCAAAGUCCAAGGCGCAGUCCAGUGACGCGGAAGGGCUUGGGAACGAAGGCGAUGAUGACCAAGAAGGGCCUGGUGACGACGUUGACGAUGGCGACGACGAUGGCGGGGACUGAGAACGAGCGAGAAUUUCUUUAGUAGCUACAUAAAUGUUUUGUUUAAAAAAAUUUAUUUCCAAUAAAUUGUAUUUUAAAAAGAAACAGUAGUUUAUUCUUGUAAGGGGGAGAAGCAACGUUCCAUGCAUUCUCUUAAAUGAAAUCCAAACGAAAUUAUCACAGCUUGCAACUUUGUCAGCUGAUUUGUGUACUGAUCAUGCCCAUUACGCCAAAAACCAAAGGUCAACGGCCUUAGGUCGAAACAAAAACAUGGCGGUCGAAGACGGGACUGCAAUUAUCCGUGAGAACCUCGUUUCUGGGUCCCAGACCUCUUUGAAGGUUAGUGGUUAGAAUCUUUCACACAGGAAUAAGGCUUACUUUUCCUGAAGAAUCAAACGCUAUGCAAUAAAAUGACUGUUAACUGGUAAUAACUAAAGUUUUGGGAUUCCGGGCGAGAUCUAUACAAGAGCUCCAACUCCAAUGCUGUGCUUUGCGUACGUGUCACGUGCGCGAGAAAAGGUCCAAACGGGCGUGAUCAGAUUGCGUUAUAUACAUUCCGUUCAUUCUUAGUGGAAGUCUAAACUAAUGCUUGCUGCAACAUGCUGCGCAUGUGUGAUAACAACCCGGAGAUUAGGUUUGCGGGCUCCUCUGGUCGCCUGCAACAUGCCAUUUCCGAGUUGGCCCAAGCCUUUCAAAGCGAGUCUAAGUGCGAAACCAUUGAUAUGAAAACGAUUUUUUAUUUCAAUGAAAGUAAGAUGCAUUUUCACAAGAACGGGUUUUUUGCACGUAGCCUCAUUUUGAAAGUGAGAGCGUUUGGAACUCGUAAAUGGCCCAUUAGAAUAUGCUUUGUUUUCAGAUGUAAUUUGUCACUGCUGGCACGUUUCUGCCGUUUCCUAAAAUUCUUGCUUGUGCUUAUUUUACACUGUAAAUGUAGGGGAAUGUGUUGUGACACAUAUCCAGUGGAACGUAGUAACGUUCAGCACAUUGCACUUUUUUACUUGUAUGCUAUAGGUGGUGGAAACCCGCGAAAGAAAGCACCAAAGUCAGCGGGUUCUUCUAAGACACACAUGCCUAGUGUAAAGACACCAGCAGAUAAAAAGCAGGAAGAGGUUAGUUGUAGUAAUCGCCUGAAAAAAACAGAUCAUCUUUAGUUGAGAAUUGACUGGAUUUUUAGGUAUUUUUGGCUAUAUUCUGCAUCAGACCACCUUUUCCCCCCUUAAAUUUUGUUACGUGUCCCUGUCCAAUAAUCAUUUCGGGUGCUUGAUUUGGCUUCGUUAAGUAUUUGGCGUGUCAUAUCCACUUGGGUUUCGUCGUGGUAGGUACCUUAUGUUCUUUUAUUAUAUAAACACCAAUGAAAUACCAGGUGAGCUUUCGCGCGAAAAUUUGAUAUCUUCACAUAUGAAAAUAUCACCGUUGCUAUGGCUUCAUAAUAAAUCGCUCCUUUCACACCAAAAAAACUAUUAAAGUGAAAUGGUUUGGUAUUUCAUUGGUGUUUAUAUAAUAAAUAGAACAUUACAUGGCCGCUUGGAGAUACGAAAUUUUUCUUCUCGUGUUGAAAAAAUAUUUCACUCGUUCGCUGCGCUCACUCGUGAAAUAUUUUUCAACACUCGAAGAGAAAUUUCGUAUCUCCGCGCGACCAUGUAAUAUCCUCUAUUUAUUUCGCAAGACAAACUUGAAAUGUCUUGUCUUUUUUUAGCCUCCAUCCUCAGCACCACUUCCUGGUGUGACAUCUGUACGGAAGUCUUCUGUUUUGCGUGCAGCAUCCGCUUUGGGAAUCAUCAAUGAAAAACCACAGCCCAUAAUAUACAGUCCGCGGAGAGCCUGGGUAUCACAACCAACCACUGUAAGUAAGACUAGCAUUAGGCACCUGGUUUGCAAAGAGGCUUGUCAAUUGGAGCGCUGCAAAGUUAAUAAUAAGUUGAUUUCAACUCCUCCAAGGUGGUCAGAGCAGAUGGUAUACAAAUGUAUUGAACUUGUUUGCACCAGGCGUGUUACAUUUGAUAAGUAAUUGUUAUCAUUUUGUUCCGGACUUCAUUAACUGCCCAUAAUUUGUAUCUGUUUUUUUCUUUUCGUUCAGCUUAUUUAUCGUAAAGUGAUUCUGCGCUUUCUUCAAUUGUCAGAUCUAGCAGCCAUCUGCUCGUUUCUGAGCUCAUGCACGAGCAAAGUUACUCAAAUGUUCCAACAAUAUAAGGCCAGGCCUCUGAUAGCACUGUUAAUAACCUCAGAAGACAGCCGACAUUUUGCGACGUCACCCCUAGUUUCCCUGUGAAAUGACGUUUUAGAAACGAGGGUAUAAGGACGCCUCACUACGCAGAUGCGGGCAGUUCUGCGCUCGUUUCUCAGACGUCAUUUCGCGGGAAAACCGGUGGUGGCGUCGCGAAAUGUCGGCUGUGUUUUUCAGGUUUAACCAAUCAAAUUAUUUUCAAUCAACAAACUGGUGUAUUCCAUUUCUUCUCGUUUUGUCAACAGGACGAUCUAUUGCGAGGAAGAGAAAUUCGUAGACUUAGAUAUGGAACUGAUAUCGACUUCACAGAUUACAAACCACCAUUUCAAAAGCAUAUUACUUUAAAAGCGCAAGCUUUGGAAGCGGAAGACAAUUAAAGAAUACCGGUAACUGGAGAACAUGGAGAAAGAAAGUGCCUGGACUGAAGGCCGCCCUUCCGCUUACCUGGGAUCAGGCUCCUUGGUGGAACAAAGGCAAGUAAUGGUGUAAACAGCUUAAAGGAAUACAGAAUCGGCGAGCAAAGCAAGACAAACGGGGGGGACUAGGGAGUCCUUAAACACCCGCAUGACUCGCCCCUUUUUUACAAUAUAGUGACAGGACUGAAAGCCGCCGUUUCGCUUGCCUGGGAUCAGGCUGCGUAGUGGAAAAAAGGCAAGUAGUGGCGUAAACAGCAUAAAGACAUACAGAAUCGGCGAGCGAAGCAAGCCGAGCAGGGGACUAGGAAGUCCUCAAACCCCUGCAUGGUUCGCUCCUUUAUUCCGGCUUGGUUGUUGUUCGUCGUUUUUCCCUCCUAAGGAGCCUGGUCCCAGUCUACCUUUCCGUCAAGGGGAUUUGUCUUCAAUACGAAUGGAAGCUGCUUGUAACACACAGAACCUAGUUAAGUUAAUUUUCGUGAAUGAAAUACAAUUGUUGCAGGCCAACAAUUAUCCCUUCAAAGUUACAUUUUUAUAAUCGCAGGGCUUUAAGUACAAUUUGUUUUUUUUGUAUGGCUCUUGGAUUUUAUUGAUUUUCUUGGUUCGUUCUCUCUUUUAAAUACUUUUAUCUUUUAGCCCAUAGAAAAUUAGAAUAUUAAGUAUACUUAGAGUUUUGUAAAUAUUUCCGUGAUUGAUCAAAUUUCCCGGUUUUAAGAAACUGUAGAUGUUGAUUUACCUUGCUGCCGGGCGUUGCUUACUUGUACACUUUUAAGGGAUAAAGAUGCAGUUUAAAGAAAGAUAGAUAUUAAAAUAAUUAUUCAAUGCCAGUGUACAAAGUUAUUUCAAAAUUUCGCAGAAAGUCAUAUCCAUUUUCUAUUAGUGAGCUCAAGAGCGCAAUCACAACCCACGACGGCGACGGCAACAAGAGCGUCAAAAAAGCAAUAGAUUUAGUGGUCAAAUCAACGGGCGUUUUCCAUUUACCAAACAUAUUUGGACAUCUUGGUGGAAAUGUCCGUCGCGUGAUGAACGCCGGGUUGCAUUCGUUCCCUUUUCCGUCCAAAAAUUCAAAAUGGCGGCCCAGAUAAGGCUUUGUGACAACUCGUGAAAACCCGUAACUGGAACGCACUUUUUAUAGGAUAAGUUUCCAACGAGAAAAAGAGCCAAUUUUUCAAAAUUCCACUUAUUCCCUGGAAUUUCUGGAAUUUUUCAGUGGAACGCCGGAUAAACGUGUGUUCCAUUUAUAUUUCCAAUCGAAAUUUUCGAAAUCUCUAUAAAAUGGAAAGCGUCUGACAACUCAGUUUACUCGUGUAUCAGAGUUGAACAUUUUUUGACGUCACUUUACGACGAAGACAUGAAAUUUGCUUUUGCGACUUUUCAGGGUGGACAUGGACCUCUCAAAUUUAUCGCCUUUGAAAAAUCGAGAAAAAAAGAAAGAACGUUACUUUACUUUUUGGUGAGGUUUUCGUUGAUGUCGCCGUCGUUGUUGCUGAAGUUUCCUAUUAUUUUCAACCAGGAGCUCCUGUUUCAACUCAAAUGACGUCGCCUUCGCAAACUAGUCCCGAGUUAUGAUAUUAACUUUUCGUCAAUUUUUCUUUAUUUUUUAUCAUAACGAAAUGGCGACUGGCUUGACCGUAAUAUUUUGAAGAUACUGUUUUACUAGGAGUCUGUAUCUUUUUGCAAGUUGUUUUAUAUUUUUUACUCCCAAG